AUCUCCGGGCGGAGCCGGAUACGGCGGACAGACGCCUGCCGGGGCCGGAGACGGCGGACAGUGAUCAGCUCUGAUCAGCGCGGUGCGGGCGGCCCCGGCCGUGCCAGCGCGGUGUGCUGGCGGCGGGGCCGUCAGGCCGACCGGCCGGCCACUUUCUCCCGAGGUCGGCGGCGAGCCGCGCGGUGCCGCUCCAGUCCGCCGCCGUCUGCCGUCCAAUAUGGCCGCCUCCAUCGCGAGAGAGUUCUGAGUGGUCUCGCCAGCAUAUGGACGAUAGUGAACAGCUUUCAUCAUGAAGUGUUCGGGUGUGAUCCUGUGUGUUGUGGUGUUGGUGGCCCUGCUGGCGGCUGCGAAUGGAGUGGGCCAGCGGCGCUGUUUCCAGUGUCGGUCUCGCGGCUCCCGCGGCGGCUGUAAGGACUCGUUCUCUCACAACAUGACACAGCUGCUGGCAGGGGGCGUGCGAGGCGUGCGGGCCGAGCCCUGUGCCUCCGGCUGGUGCGGCAAGAUCAUAGAGGGCGACACGGGCGUCAAUGACUACGACACGGCCACGGAGCGGAUGUGCAUGCAGCGGCCUCCGUCGGACCUCCAGGAGCGCUGCGACCUGACCAUGUAUGGCCAGUACCGUAAGGUCUACCUGUGCAUGUGCCAGGGUGACCUCUGCAACGGCGCCGGGCGGACACCUGCCUCCGCUGCCGCCGUCACCGCCGCCGCCCUCCUGAGCCUGACGGCAGCUGCAUUGCUCAGCUGACGGGCCGGAGAUGACGUCAACAGUCAGCUGACUGGUCGGUGGUGAUGUCAUCAGUCAGCUGACUGGUCGGUGAUGACGUCAUCAGUCAGCUGACUGGUAUGAGCUGAUGUCACGAGCCAUGACUGGUCUUAGCUGAUGUCAUCAAUCAGCUAAUCGACCUUUGCUGACGAGUGACGCUUGGACAGUCUGGAUCCCACAAGGUCACGAUAAAUUACGUGAUGUCGCAUAAGCGGAUGUCAUGCCUUCCGCAAAAUAUCACCGCAUGAAGUUUGCGGUCAAGUGCCUUCCGAUGAUUCAGAGCUGAUGGACUCGCAUGCGAGGCACUUGCUUUGUGAAACGAGGACACUAGCCCGAGCUGUCCGGGAUAUACUCAGACUGUGACAUGGACAAGCGGGACUUCACUUCCAUGACGUCAUGAUGACUUUCGUUUCAUCGUAAAAUAGCGUGAAGUGCAACUGACUGUUGGAUAGCACUUGCAAUGCGCACUGCAACAAGCUCUCAGAAAACCAAGCCUGCCCCCGCAAGAGGGAGAGUGUUGCAACGAGUGAAAUGCCUGAAGUGUCUGACGUCGUUUGGAGGGUUCCCAGUUGACUGUGGUUUACCGUGCACUGUGCAGUGACUUUCUGCGACUGAGCCGAGUUCGGUGUUCUGUGAUACAUUCUGUCGCGACGCGGGACUGUGCUCCGGGACCAGGCGAGACUGGCUCUGAGACUGUAUCAGACCACAGAUCCGGUUCGGACCAAUCGGGACCACGAGUGAAUGGGGUUCGGACCAACUCUGUCGACUGUGCCAGGAUGAGUCGGCUUUGAGUCAGCCUGAGUCGUCUUUGAGUCGCAGUGAACAGUUUGAGCGGAGUCUGAGUCAGUCUGAGUGAAGCCCGAGUAAAUGUGAGCCAGAAUGCGUCAAUGUGAGUCGGUAUGGAUUAUGCCUGAGUUCACGGCGUGCGCUUGGCGGUAUUGUGUGGCCGAACCGGGACCAGAAAUCUGGCCAAGUUUCCUAGUGUAACUAGUGAUCCCUUUAUAGAUGCGAUAGGUAUGUGAAAUUCGAUGCCAAGAGUAAUAAUAUUAUUUGAGAACAUCGCAAAAAAAUUACCUACGAGUAUUACUGAUAGGUAUGUUGUCAGUUAUCAUUUCGUUAGUAUCAUCUUGCCUUCCCUGCGACUGCAACAAGUGUGGGUAUUGGUUUUGAAAUUUUUACUUCGCUCUUAUACCUAAAUAUGAUGGACAAAUGAGAUUCGUGUUGCACUGCUAGGAUCGCAAACAUACUGUGUUUUAAUAAAUUGCAUCAAUUCAUG